AUGGCUAAAAUAUCAUCAUCUAAAAAAAACAAACAACCUCCAGAGGGUUAUAGUAAGAUAGAACCCACGCUAAGUAAACUUUUAGUAAAAUCGAGAGAAGCACAGACCAAAUCUAUCAAAACUGAAAACAAGAAUCAAUCAUUAUGGCCUAUAAUACAGAUCAACCAUCAAAUUAACAGAUAUAUAUAUAGUUUGUAUUACGAACGAGAGCUGAUAUCUCAAGAAUUGUAUAAUUGGUUGCUACAACAGAAAUAUGCAAAUAAGAAUCUUAUCGCUAAAUGGAAGAAACAAGGGUACGAAAAGCUAUGUUGUUUGAAUUGCAUAAUGACCAACGAAAAAAACCACGGAACGACAUGCAUAUGCCGUGUUCCUAAGACGACGUUAGUCAAGAAUGACCGUUCUGAAAGGGUCGAGUGCAUUACAUGUGGAUGCAGAGGAUGCGCUAGUACAGAUUAG